UGCUCGUUAUGGAUGACGUCGUGCGGGACAGGUUCGGCUCGUCUUGUCGCGUCGCGUCGCGUGGUCGCACGACUUUCGUUUCGCUGUAAUUAAUCCGCGACGGCGGAGAACAGAACAGGUCGCGGUUCUCUCGGCGCUCGUUCAUCGCGCAUUUUACUCUUUAAGCUGGACGUCUAUCAGCUGUUCGGCUAUGGCAAGUAGAAAGAUCGUGGAACUCACUGGCACGGGUCCGUUUCAUCUCGUCCAAUUAAGGCGGCUCAUAGAAAAAUUCACUUUCAUUGAGAUCUCCGGGCCUUUAGUGGUGGAAGCGGCGAUGCGAUUAUUCAUGAGCAGCGAACAUGUACUCGUGCCGCGCUUAGGUAUAAAAGAAAAAUUAUCCAUCAGUUGGUCACUUAAGCGUAGGUGUCCUUCUGCGAACGACGUCCCUGCGAGAUCUUUCGUUUUCUCCGGUAUCUUCAAAAGGUGAUUGCUCGUCGAACAGGCGUCGAUACCCUUGCUCGUUGUUACGGGAAAGACAUCGAACGCGAUCCAGUCUGCUCGUUACCCUGCGCCAGACAUAUCAUCGCCGCGCAGCCGAAGUUUAUAUCGAAAAAUAAGAAAAAUUGCAAUCAAGCGCAAGUGUAGGAAUCGAGCGAACGAUCGGAACGCUCCGAGCUUCUACUACCGGCAACGUUUCUUUUUCUCUCAAGGGAAAUCCAGUUAACACAAGAAGAGCGCGUACGGUACGUAAAACAAUGUCGUCGAAUCUAGUUUAACCGUGAUCGCGGCGGUGGUUCGAUAGGUGGAGGAGACCUUUAAAAGAGGUUGUCGAUGGGCAGUCGUUCAUACGCGUGCAUAGACAGGAUCGGUGAAGCGAUCUAGUGGGACCUUGGGUUCGAUCGACAUGAGGAUCGCGCGUGUGCUCACGGUCUGUGCUGUUUUGACAUCGACGGUCAUCGGCGCGGAAACAGCGCGUCCCAAGAGACGUCCAGAGUCGAAGGAGCAAGUGGGGCGGCCGAAAACCGAGGACGAAAUCGAUCCCGAUGAGAUCACGUUCACCACCCUGCGACCGGAAACGACGACCCGUGAACAGACGGCACGGUCGAACGUGCACGUCGGAUCUAGCAAAGUUUUUCAUACAGUUCGUCCGAGUCGUUCCACGGCACAGAGACACAAGCGAUUUCGAACGAAUUCGUAUCGAUCGAAAGCGAACAGACGUCGAAGGCAGCUUCAACGCAUCGGCUACGAUUCUGAUAAAGCGAAAACGAUACAUGAAUUGAAUCGGGUGAAUCGAAUCGAAAACGAGAAUAUAGAAACGAUACAAGGUCCGGCGGACGCAUUCGGAGAAGGAGCGAUUCGCAUCGAGCCGAUAUAUCGCGUGACGAAGAACAAAAAUAUCUUAGACACGAUCGUGAACACGCUCAAACGAAUAGUCGAUGCACCGACAUCCAUCGGUCCUUUGGUCGGCCCGUUCCAUUUUCCAGGAAUAGGCGAAAAAGUGUACGUGAGACUGUUGGAGCCAGUACAGCCGGAUCAUCUCGUUGUACGAUUGAUAUCGCAUCUUCCGGCAGACGAGGUCGAAUCGACGCUCGACGAGAACAUCUUCGUCAAGCCCAGCGAACUGAUCGAGCACGCCGAAAUACUCCCGGACUCCGACGUUUCGCAUUCGUUCGAUCAACACAACGAGCUUCCUUCGAUCCCGCACGACAGUUCGUCGUCCGACAGCAACGUCGCGGUUCAAAUUCUCAAGCCGAACGCUUCGGAUGCGAAGCUCGAACGACCGGACGGUAAAGCUUGGAGAACGUACAAGUACAAGCUACAUCUAAAGCAGCCUGAGAAUGGCAAGUGGAAUUCGUUUAUGGUGCCGACGAAGAACGACGUUCGUCCUCGACCGCCAAACGCGGCCAAUCGAAUGAAUAUCAGCUUCCACGAUUCUUUCUAUUUACCUGUAAACGAGCCGAGCAGAAACCACAAUUUUGCUCCCGUUCCUGUUCUUCGACCAUCGAUUGAUUCCGUGGAUUUUCAUCGAUUCCAUCACGGUCCGACGAACGUCUCUGCUUCCGAGCAGGCGGUUCUACACACGCGAUUCGAACCGAAUUUCUCUGCUUCCCGCGUUCCGAUAUCCACCUAUGGACAACCGCGACCUUCCGAUCAGCCGAAAUAUAGCAUCGAGUUCGCGAGCAAGAAGAUGAGGUACCUCAACUUGGAUGGAAGCGUCAUAUCCGCCGAUGAGAAAUCGAAAUCGGACUCAAAGUCAGUGUUCAGAACAGACAAUUAUCCAUGGAAACCGCUCAGAAGAAUGUAUACGAAGAAAUCUUCGUCGACCAAUACUGAAGGAUCGGAUCGAACGAAGUUACAAGACAGAAGAGACGAUGACGAGAGUGACGAGACGGAUCCUUCUUGGAAACGGACUGUGCAUUCCCGCGAGAUCAGUUCGAAAGAGUCAGCAUCGGAUUUAAAGAAAUGUUGCUGGCAGCAGGCAAAAGAAAAGGACGAACAGGUCGAGUCUGGUUCUGACGGGCAACGCGAUUCGGACAGCAGUAAACCGAAAACCGCGAGUAAUGCGACGAACUGACGACGAAUCUUUCGAUCAAUUUCAUUGUAAAUAUCGAUAUAACUACAUAAAAUAUGUUACUCUCUUACGACGCUGAUGUACAAGCCGACGA